GUGAAUUUUUCAUAUAUUUAUCAAGUUUCUGCAGUUGGUAGUUACAAAUGUCAGCUUGACGUCUGUCAUUAGCAACAAAUAAAAUUUAAUUGAACAAUGUGCUGAAUCUAAUUCAAAGAAAAACAAUGAAUAAUAUAUUAAAACAAAUUCAAACUUUAUAUGAACAAGAAUUAUAUUCAAAUGUGGUGCGAGUGUGUGAUAUUACUUUAAGUAUUUCGGAACAAAAACCGGAAACAAUAACUCUUCCAGUAAAACACCAAGUAUUAUGGUACUAUGCAGACUCUCUUUACAACACUCAGCAAUAUCUUCAGGCUGAAAACUUAUAUAGGCAAGCAUUACAGAUGAAACAAAACAUCAAAGUUAAAACAAAAAACAGCAACAAUAAAAUGCAAGAUGUGCAAGUGGAAAUGACUACAGAUGUAGAUAUAAGAUACAAAAUACAUUUGUGUUGUUUGGCUUUAAAACAAGUAAAAGGUGCUACAGAGAUUCUACAUGAAAUCAGUGUCCGAAAUCGAACACCUAAAAUAAAUAUGGCUCUAGGCAAUAUAUACAGGGAUAGUGGUAUGGAUAGACCUGCAAUUACUUAUUUUAAAGAUGUUUUAAAUGAAUGCCCCAUGGCUUUAGAAGCUGCAGAUAAUUUAUUAAAACUUGGGAUUAAAGGUGUAGAGGUUAAUUCCUUAAUGGUUGAAGCUUCCAAUGAUAUAUCUUGGUUAAAUACAUGGUUAAAAGCUCAAGCCCAAUUACAUUCAAGAGAUUUUGCAAAUGCUAUUGUAACUUAUAAAUCUAUGGAUCAACAUGGUUUUAUGAAAGAUAACCCCACUUUAUUGGUGAACAUGGGUUAUUGUUAUCACUCCAUGUGUGAAAAUAAAAAGGCUAUCAGCAUAUUACAAAGGGCAUAUCAUUUAGAUCCACGGUUAAUAUUGGGUCAAGAUUUGUUCUCAACUCUUUUAGCAAAUUCCAGUAACAAAGAGGACAUAAAAAUUCUGGAAUCUCUUACACCUACUCAGGAUAUGUCGCUCUGGACCUGCGAACAAUGGAUAGUGCUAGGCAAUUACAUGUACGCCAAUAAAAAAUACGAAAAAGCCGCAUAUUUUGCGCAACAAGCUUACACAAUGAACAGAAAAAACGUCGAGGCUCUUCUUUUAAAGGCUAAUAUUUAUUUUCAGUUAAAAAAAUAUAAUGAAGCAGCCACACAUUGCACUGAAGCACUUAAUGCCUGUUCCUAUAGAUUUGACAUUUAUAAAUGUUUGGUUGAUAGUUUAUUGCAAUUAAAUAGACUCAAAGAGGCAGAGUCCAUAGCCCAGAAUGCUUUAAAAGUAUUGAAUAACAGUCCACAGGCACUAUGUCUUCUUGUUACUGUUCUUUUAAAAGACCAAAUGGCAUCACAAAAAUGCAUACGAAAAUACUUGGAAAAAGCAGUAAUGCAGGACAAAAACCUCACAACAAACGCCCUUAGUAUGUUGGUGGAAUUUCUCGAGCAGGAAAAUCAACAUGAAGAAGCUUCGCAAAUUCUCCUAAAACACAUUGAAACGAAUCCAACUUCAAGACUGCAUCAAUUAUUGGGCGAUUGUUUUGUGAAUCUGCAAAAAGAUAAUGAGGCUUUCCACCACUUUACGACUGCUUUAAAGUUGGACCCAAAUAACCAAAGAGCCACUGAAGGAUUAAAUAAUAUUGGAAGGGUUUCUUUAAGGGAUAGUUAUUAUUCUUGCGGGGAUGCUUCUUAUAACUCAACGCAAGCUACAACAUCUUCAGAUCAUGAAGCAGACCCAGAAAGUGAUACUGAUCCAUGGAAUGGAAUGGAAAAUUUUGAUUAAUUUAUUCUUAUUUAGUAUUAUUUUUAAAUAAAUAUUUUGCGUA